GGGGCAGGCGGCUCGCACGGCCGCUCCGCUCCCCUCCAGCCUCCGCCGAGUUUUGGGAAGAGGAGGAGGAGGGAAGGAAGGAGGGAGGGAGGGAGGGAGGAAGGGGGGGGCCGGCUCCUGCUUUCUCCCCCCCCCCCCUCCGCCCCCCACCCCCCCCCAACCCCCGAUGCCGCCGGCGUGACCCGGCCGGGACGAUGCUGCCGCUGCUGCCGCUGCUGCUGCUGGGCGCCCCGGGGCUGAGCCUCCCCUCGGGGGGUCCCCCGGCGGACACCGAGGUGGUCACCCCCCUCCGCCUGGACCCCGACAUCAACGGGCGGCCUUACUUCAGGCGGGGUCCCGCCGAGCCCCCCCGGGGAGGGCAAGCGGUGGUUUUCCAGCUCUCGGCUUUCGGGGAGGAUUUCUACCUCCAUCUCUCCCCCGACGCCCACUUCAUCGCGCCCGCCUUCGCCGCCCAGUACCUGGGGGUCGCGCCCGGUGCCGCCCGCCCCCUCCCCGGUCUCCGCCAGUGCUUUUAUUCGGGGGAUGUCAACGCCGAUCGGGAGUCUUUCGCUGCCCUCAGCCUUUGCGGAGGGCUCCGGGGGGCUUUCGGCUACCGCGGAGCCGAGUACAUCAUCAGCCCGCUGGCGGGGGGGGCGGCCGGCGGAGCCCACCGCCUGCAGCGCCGCAGCCCCGGCCGCCCCGUCGGGACCGGAGCAUCCCGCUGCGCCGUGGGCUCCGGGCUCACCCCCGGGGUGCUGCAGGCGCUGGACAAGUACCGGGGGCGUGGGGAGGGGAAAGGGGGUCGGGCCAAGCGCUUCGCCUCGGUCCCCCGUUAUGUGGAGACCUUGGUGGUGGCCGACGAGUCGAUGGUGAAGUUCCACGGCGAUGACCUCCAGCACUACCUGCUCACCCUGAUGGCCACGGCCGCCCGCCUCUACAAGCACCCCAGCAUCCGUAACCCCAUCCAGAUCUCCGUGGUCAAGUUCCUCCUCAUCGGGCAGGAUGACAAGGGGCCCAAGGUCACCGGCAACGCCGCCCUCACCCUCCGCAACUUCUGCGCCUGGCAGAAGAAGUGGAACAAGGUCAGCGACAAGCACCCCGAGUACUGGGACACCGCCAUCCUCUUCACCAAGCAGGAUCUGUGCGGUGCCACCACCUGCGACACGCUGGGGAUGGCGGACGUGGGCACCAUGUGUGACCCCAAGCGCAGCUGCUCCGUCAUCGAGGACGAUGGGCUGCCAUCGGCUUUCACCACCGCCCACGAACUGGGCCACGUCUUCAACAUGCCCCAUGACAACGUGAAAGCCUGCGAGGAGGUCUUCGGUCGGCUGAAGACCAACCACAUGAUGUCUCCCACCCUCAUCCAGAUCGACCGUGCCAACCCCUGGUCAGCCUGCAGUGCUGCCAUCAUCACCGACUUCCUCGACAGUGGCCACGGGGACUGCUUGCUGGACCAGCCGGCCAAACCCAUCCCGCUGCCCGAAGACCUGCCUGGGACGAGCUACAGCCUGAACCAGCAGUGUGAGCUGGCCUUCGGCGUGGGCUCCAAGCCCUGCCCGUACAUGCAGUACUGCGCCAAGCUCUGGUGCACGGGCAAGGCGCGUGGGCAGAUCGUCUGCCAGACCCGUCACUUCCCCUGGGCAGACGGCACUGGUUGUGGCGAGGGACGCUUCUGCUUGAAGGGUGCCUGCGUUGAGAGGCAUAACAUCAGUAAGUACAGGGUGGACGGCGGCUGGGCGAAGUGGGCACCCUACGGACAGUGCUCGCGGACGUGUGGCGGUGGGGUGCAGCUGGCCAAGCGGGAGUGCACCAAUCCGGUGCCUGCCAACGGGGGCUCCUAUUGCAAGGGUGUCCGCGUCAAGUACCGCUCCUGCAACCUGGACCCUUGCUCUGCUGCAGUGCCAGGGAAGAGCUUCCGCGAGGAGCAAUGUGAGGCUUUCAACGGCUACAGCCACAGCACCAACCGCCUCACCGCCUCCAUCUCCUGGGUCCCCAAAUACUCCGGCGUCUCGCCCCGGGAUAAAUGCAAGCUCAUCUGCCGGGCUAACGGCACCGGCUACUUCUACGUGCUGGCACCCAAGGUUGUGGACGGCACCCCUUGCUCCCCAGACUCCACUUCAGUCUGCGUCCAGGGCAAAUGCAUCAAAGCGGGCUGUGACGGGAAGCUGGGCUCCAAGAAGAAGUUCGACAAAUGCAGCGUCUGCGGAGGAGACAACAAGAGCUGCAAGAAGGUCUCAGGCUUGUUCACCAAGCCCAUGCAUGGCUACAACUUCGUGGUGGUCAUCCCCGCGGGCGCCUCCAACAUCGACAUCAGGCAGCGGGGCUACAAAGGGCUGAUCAGCGAUGACAACUACUUGGCGCUGAAGAAUGGGCAGGGCAAGUACCUGCUCAAUGGCCACUUCAUCGUCUCGGCUGUGGAGAGGGACCUGAUGGUGAAGGGCAGUGUCCUGCGGUACAGCGGCACCGGCACCGCCGUUGAGAGCCUUCAAGCCUUCAAGCCCAUCCAGGAACCUCUGACUUUGGAGGUGCUCUCCGUGGGGAAGAUGACCCCUCCUCGGGUACGCUACUCCUUCUACCUCCCCAAGGAGAGCAAGGAGGACAAGUCCUCCUACAAGAAGGAGGGCAAGACCCCACCAGACCUCAACAACAGUGUCCUCAGCCUGUCCAACCGCUUGGACAGUGGGAGACCGAGCUACAAGCGUCCCUCCUACAAGUGGGCGGCGGGUGGCUGGGAGGCUUGCUCCGUCACCUGCGGUGAUGGGUUGCAGAAGCGUUCGGUGGCUUGUCGUGACUCCUAUGGCCAGCCGGCUGCCGAGUGCGAUGUGGCACAGCGGCCAGCUGAUGUCCGGCUGUGCGGGGAGCCCUGCCCAGUGUGGGAAGCUGGACCUUGGUCUCCCUGCUCCAAGAGCUGCGGUCGGGGUUUCAAGAGACGGGCGCUGAAGUGCACGGUCCCAUCUGGGCGCUUGCUGCCCCGGGAGAGUUGCAAUUUUCGGAGGAAGCCGCAGGAACUGGAUUUUUGCACCUUGAGGCCGUGCUGAGCAGGUCAAGGCGUGUCUUCGAGGAAGGGCAUGGUGUCCCUCAGGCUGGAUGCGGCUGAGCAGCAGCCCGGGGUUGGGAGAGGGGGAGAUGUCCAUAGCACAUAUCAAACGUGGUGGUGGGGGGGGAAAUGUGGGGGGAAGAAAAAGGGGACCUGGGUGUGGGGACAGAGCGUGCACACCCAAUGCGCCCAGGAGAGAGGGAUUUUACCGACCAGGUUGCUCGGAGACAGAGCGGGAACGAACAUCUACCUCGAAGCCGCUGAACGACGUGGAAACCCACUGGCGGAGGCUGGGAGUCAGGGGCGGGAGGAACAGAUGGAAACGAGGGGGAUCGCUGCCCAGGAUGGAUCCGAGGACAGGCAGGGAGAUGCUCCUAAAUUGCACAGUCAAAGCCUCCCCCGUCUUACCAGGGCCAAGCCUACGUUCCCCCUCCCCGGACUCCCCCAACACUCGUGCUAAAUGGGACCAAAAGGAUUUACCAAUGCAGCGACGGCAAAUUAUACUGUCCAACCACCGGCGAGAGGAGGUGUUGGGCCUGAUGCCUCCAGGGCUCGCUGGCGGUGACUUUGCAGCCUGGGCAGCCCAGAGAGCACCAGCAGCAUCGCCGGACCAGGCUGGAAGGUGGUGGCUUUAUUUUCAUUUUCUCCUCAUGUUUAUGGCCUGACCAGUGUAGAUUUUAUGGUGCUUAACUCUGUAUUUUUUUUUUUUUAACCUUCUUCCUCCCUACCCCUCCCAACGGAUGUAAACCUUGCGUGGAGGUGACAGCAUUAUUUCCAGUGGGCUUUCUCACCUGGCUGAGGUUUUCCUAUGGUGCUUUGGGGUGGGGCUGUGCCAGCAUCCAGCUGGGAGCUCCUUUACACCCUAGUCCACGCCUGAAGUUUUUCAGGGCUAAAAGGGAUCACUAUGGACCUGAGAUUUGAGCUGUCAUUGCAAAAAAAAAAAGCAACAAGCAACUGUACUGUAGAACCACGACGCAGUGCCAUGUGGGGUCAGACGCAGCCCCGCGAGUCGCUGGUACUUGACUCCACUCUGGAAAUGGUGCUCACUGCUUAAUGGGACCAGUAUGCCGUGCCCCGACACCCCACUGCCUCUGCCCUCCAACCUUUGGGCCAGGUUCGGUUAUUUUUCCUCUGCAUUAAGCCCCCCCCGAGCUAUCCUGAGCUGGGCUCACAUCCCUGGCGUCACUUUUCAGCAGAAGAUAAAUUUGGAUCUUGGGUUUUCCUGGGGGAAAGGGGCUCAACGGGAUUCAGGCAUGCAGGGAAAGAAGGGAGGUUGAACCUCUUGCUGCUGCAGAGCAUCUACAACCAGCUUUCCCCUCCUGGGUUUUGGGCAAGGGUUUACUCGGUACCUCUGACGGCAUGCACCGUGUGUUAUGCGUGCAUUACGUAGCAUCGUGCCCGUUGUGGUCGGAGGCUGUGUUACCUCUCACACUGCCCUCUUAACACAUCAUUUAGGUCUCUUGCUCACAUCAUAUCAUCAGGGACCAUUUCACUUUUUGCUUUUCCACUGAUGAAGGUGCCUCUUAAUUAAUUAGGUGUGACUGUGAGCAAGCUAGAGUCUCCAGGUCGAGCUACGCAGUUAUUGGGAUCAGCAGAAAGGCACUACAGGGACGAUACACAGAUGAUGGGUAGGCAGAAGUUGCUGACUCAGCAGCUAGAGACUUGGAGCCUACCUUGCUCACUCAGUCCCAUGCAGGUGGGAAACUCCUUGUGCCCUCUGGUCUGCUCCAAAAAGCUGUGGGCAAGGGGAGAAAGACCACAAGAAACAGCACAGCGGUAGCACAAGGAUUUCCUUGUUAGACCUUCUCACCAGCUUUGCAAAUUCCUCAUGACGUUUGUGGACCCAUCCUCUAUGGAUUUAUGCAAUGCCUUUGUGAACACAAUAAUAUUCUGGGUCUCCACGUUGCUCGAUAGAGCCAGGAGCAGAUGUUGUGGUUGCUCCGCACAGCAGGAGAUGGGAUUUAAUGUUCUAGGAAAUCCCUUCCAGGUCUCCAUUCCCAUAAAUGCAUCAUCCAUUUUUGGAGGGUUUUCCUGUGUAGCCGAGCCUGCCGUGCUUUCGUCUGGGGACAGAGCUCCGAGGAGCUGCCCUUUUGCGUCUUGCCAUUCAACAGAUGGUUUCCAAGCCACCGAGAGAUCAUCACCCUUGUUCACGGGGAGGGGAAGGAUGGGGCAGGAGGGAUUUCUUGUGUUGAGGUUCUUUUGCCGAGUGUGCAGCAAAAGGACGGAGAUGCCGAUCGUACUGGCUGCUUUGUGUAUACCAUGUAUACUAAACAUCGAUCUCUGCUGUUUGUGCGUCAAUAGCAAACCUGAAAUAAAACCAUAUUUAAAGU